AGAGUGCCUCAACACGCUUGCUCCGCACAGUCGCGUUGUAAAGUUGCUCCGAUUAGGACGUGUGGUUCGCUUAGGCGCACGUUACAGUUACGACGACGCGCAAUACCUGCAACAUGGAGUAUUCAUCUUGUCGACUAAGCAUUUUGUGGCUGCUGGGAUUAUGUCUGUUGCUGUUCAAAGCAGGAUCUUCAGAUGCCCAGAGCAAACGAGCGUCUCGCGUCACCAGCUCCCGCAGCUUCGGCACGAACCCCAAGCCCACCAACGCCAAUGGCCUUAGCUUCGACUGCCCCGAGGAGUUCGGCUACUACCCCCACCCCUCGGACUGCACCCAGUACUACGUGUGCGUCUUCGGAGGAGCCCUGCUCGAGAGCUGCACGGGCGGCCUGAUGUACUCGCACGAGCUGCAGACCUGCGACUGGCCCCGCAACGUGGGCUGUGAGCUGGUGGACACAUCCUCGGAGCCUAGCUCCGCACGUAGCCAGAGCCAGAGCCAGACGCACUCCCAGGCGCAGCAGCAGCAGCAGCAGCACGUGCCCAGCCGGGUUCGCUUCGGGGCCGCCUUCAGCGGUCCGGGCGGCUCCCAGAAGGCGCCCACGGUGGCGCCACAAUACCACCGCUCUCCGCCGCAGGUGAUUCAGGCGCAGGUGCAACACAUUCCGCCCCCACCACCGGAGCUCCGAGUGGCCCCCAACCCAGUGAUCACGUCGCGGGGUCAACCAAAGCUGCUGGUCGACUCCCAAGAAGACAUUGCAAAGCUAUAUGCCGAUGCCCAGGAGACGCUCCCGCCCGUUGAAGAAGAGGAGUCCGAUCGCCAGCAGAGGGUUUAUCGUGGCCAGCCGAGUACCGUCAGCCAGGUGCAGCGCGAUCGCGACGGCAUUAUCCACCAGGCGAGUAUCAACGCGAUUCCGCCAGCUGGCAAAAUUGGAUCGUAUGCCUUUGGAACGGCCUACAGAGUUGAGUCAUCCUCACCGUCAUCGCUAGGGGCGCCGCCACCCGCUAAUAUAUUUGUACAGCCCACGCCACAAUCUCCAUCGCCACAGUUAGAACUCAAUCGUAACUACUACAAUGCAUCCAUAUUUAACCACGGGGGCGGUUACCAACAACCGCAACAGCAACAGCAGCAACAGCUACAGCCAACACCAUUCCAACAAGCGCAACCGCAACAACAACAACAACAACAACAUCAGCAGCAGGCACAAGCCCCAUCGCAUCCCUAUGAUUCAUCCUAUUAUUCUGUUUACGACGACGAUAUCGAUUUAUAUAGGGAUAUAGAGUACCAGCAGCAACAGGAGCAGCAGCCGCCGGCUGCCCCCCAGUACCAGCCCGCCGUGCGGCAGCAGCAGCCGCACUCCACCUACCGCCCCCUCGAGCUCGCGGCUACCCCGACGCCCCAAAAGCCUUCCUACGGCAAGCAGCCCGCCUUGACCUACACCACCGAUUACGACGAGGACAUUAAUGCGCAGAUCGAGCAGGAGAAUGUGUACGGUCAGCCGACGCCGCCGCCCCAGAGGCCGGAACAGGUGGCCAUCCAAAGACUGGACUCCCGGGCGACCCCCUCGAGCGCACCGCCCCCGCCGACGUCUGCCCCCCGUCCGGAUGCCCGCACCUACUACGACACCCUCACCACUCCCGAUGUUCCGGAACUCGGGCUGGCCGACUACAGCUACUCCAGCUCCGCGGAGUACGCCUUCGGGUCGGCAGAGGACUACAACCAGGGCGAGGGCCCGUUGACCAGACCCAAGACGAGGCCCCAAGCAAGUGCGGAUGACUACGACCUGGUCGCGAAUGUAGUGGGUUCCUCCGUUAGGAGCACAACGGUGCUACCGACACGCUCGCAGAACACCAAACCGACUUCGGGGACUAGUAGGAGUCCGACCAAGAGUUCCUUCACCACCACACAAACUUCCAAGGCCACAAAGUCCACAACAACAACAAAAACUACAAGUACAACAACCACCACACCACCUCCACCAACGACAACAGAAAAACCAGCAAGCUCGAAAGCGCAUGCAAAAAAGCCAAAUAGACAACAUGUACCCAACAAAUCAAAGACAACCACAACCACAUCCACAACACAGACUCCCAGCCAGGCACCCACCACGCCCAGUUCCACACCUCCUCCGAAUCCCUCGACCUAUAGUUCCAAUCCCUUUCUCAAAUCAAAGCUGCAAAAUCUCGCCAAGUCGUUGGUUAGCUUCGUCUCAAACAUCCAGCCCCAAGCAAACGCCACCGGCUACCUUCAACUUCAGAAAAACUCAAAGCCCAAUCGCCAGCCAACAAUCCCGCUUGCAGACCAAGUCCCCACCCAAACUGCCUCCCCAACCCCCCCGUCCUCGACGACGCAUUGGCCGCUGGUGGAGGAGAGCCCAGCCAGCAACCAACUGGAGCACGUGGAGACGGUCUUUGACGAGAGCCAGAAUGUCAACGUGCAGACGGCCGAGCCCCCAAGGAGCCGCUCCUUUGAAACCAGCACCUCGCCAAAGUUCCUCGACUUCAUCAAUGCCGCCGCCUACGGCACCAGUCCACGUGGCAACCUGCUGAACUCGGUGCAAGACAAGCUUGUGAGCCGGGACGUCCCCUAUCGAGCCUACUCGUUGGAGUCGAGCUCGAGGGAGCCGGAGCCACUACGCAAACGCAUUCAAACCUACAUUACGUCCGAUGUGGCCCCACAGAGCUUUCGAGCUCCCACUAGCAGUGAAUCGAUGGUACCACCGUCGGAACAGAUGGAGAGCGCGAGUACGACGCGACCCAGUAAACCAAUUAAAUACAGUCUGCAAACUGGGUCCCAUGGUUUCAGUUUGCACGUAGAGCAGAAUCAAAGCGAGGGUAAUGCAUCCGAGUCGAAUUCCGCAGACAAGGCUCUGCUUUCCACCACAAGCACUACCACCCCGGCGACGCCGGCUAAGAUAUCUGAGGAGUUCGUGGAGAUUAUUCCCACAACUUAUGCGCCACCCCUUCGGAUAUGGCGCAAUGGAAGGCCCACCAUUCAACAAGCUUAUUACAGGCCAACCCAGAGUCCCACCACGAGUGCAGUUGCCAGUUCGAGCACAUCAACUCCUACAGCGCUCGAUGAUACUACUGCCUCGAACAACACCUUUAAAACAACUUCAACACUUAAGCCCCUGCCCGCUCCCACUACCGAGCGGUAUAUAGUUUCGGGGCCAACUUAUGCGGUCCGCGCCAAUCACUUCAAAGAUAAUCUGAACCGCGUGACUGCCAACCCUGCAACGCGUUUUGUCUCCCCUUACAAAAGCCUCGAGAAUCUGCUGCAGGACGAUCGUCAGAACGUACACCACCAACUGCGGACGACCGCUAGACCGCGGUAUACGAACGCACCUGCCUUCCCGCCCUUCCUCCAGACCACGCCGAAGCCACCAAAGAAUCUGUUCAUCACCAAAGCCGUCAGAAACAGCAGCCAAGAUGUCCUGGCCACAAUGGCGACGGGAAACGCUCGCAACUUCAGCGUGAGCGACGCUAUUCUCAGCACAUUCAGUCCACAGCGACCUGCGCCGAGCAUGGUGCGAACCACCACUACGACGACGACCACAACCAGCACCACGGAGGCACCGCCUCCAGAAGUGGCUACUGCUCCUCCUGCUCCAACCACGGUUUCCACAGUAGUCGCCUCCUUGCCCAUCCGCCUGGCGCAGUCCUCAGUCCGUCCCCGCGGUCGCUCCCGCUACACAGCGGCCACCUUGAACGCCCUCGUGGACAGCGUGGACGAGCCGACGACUUAUGCGCCCAAGUUCAGGCCGGCCCCCGGCUACGAUAGCAGUGCGUACCCGAAACGCAAGCCCCAGCGCGUCCGGGUCAUUAACGGUCAGCGCACUUCGGUUGGCGAGCCCCCAGCUAAGCCGCAGGAAAAAUACGAAGCCUACAAAGCCGCGUUGCAGGCGAAGGAUGCAGCUUAUAACGAACACGAUGUUCCGAGCAAGUCGCUCAAGCGCAAGCCCAUCGAAAAUGAAGCCAGCGUCCCAGACGAGCCGCGGGCUGAGCCCUUGAUCAGCCAGCCGCUGGAGACCAGGCAGCAGAACAGCAUAGAAGAGGCCGGGACUGGGAUAGCCUUCAGCUCCACCGAGCACGUGGUGGCGAUAACAGACCGCCCGACCGUCAAGUUCCUCUACUCCAACAAGUACAGGCAGCCGACGGCGGAGCGCACGCUGGCGGAGAGCCUUCAGAACGCCGGCUACAUUGCAUCUGGCUCGGGACGGGAGCAGAAGUACCGAGCCGCCAACGUGAUCGAGCAGCUGAGGCAAUUCCUUGCCGAGAGUGACAGCAGCAGCGGCAGCAACGAGAGCGGAACCUCCCAGUUCGUCGAUGAGUACUCGCUGCCUGAGACAAAGGCGGCGGUGGACGAGGUCAAGCAGCUGUACUUGCCCAGCGAGGGAUCGGCAGCCACAACAAUAAAGUCAAUCCCGACAAAGACGCGUCCCACACCAGUGCCAGCGCCAGUUGCCCUACUGCCCUCCACCCGACCCACGGCAGCGAACUUCCAACCCACCGCUCCAAUGCGACAAGUAGCAAGCCAGUCCAAAGAGUACCUCUUUGCCCCCACUUCUAGUUUAUUGAGCACCGAUCCCACCCCCACCGCAAGAACCACCCUGACCCCUCCCGAAGUUAGCACCGCUAGAACCCCGAAAGCCCCGUCAGACUCCCCGAACCCCGUCAUCACCACCGCCACCGCCACAGCCACAGCCACACCCUCCCCGUUUGCACUGCCCACUGCGCGCGCCUCGAGGGUUAACAGUGUCAUAAAGUCGUCGAUUGCCGCCGCUGCCCUCGGCUCUAGCCCCUCGACCUCUCAGCCAGCAGUGCCGGCGGGCAAGGCCCAAAAGCUCCAAUUCGGCUUCGCCCCCAACAAUAAGAUCCACCAACACCAAACAAGCAGCAGCAGCCACCAUGGCGCCGUAGCCCCAGCAUCGGUGAAGUGCUCUGAUAGCACGCUGAGCGCCAAGUGCAACGAGAUCCCCUCAAGAAACAACAACAGAAACCGGGGUAGUGCCAUUUACGCCAACCAAGACCGAGACGUCCCAUCUACGCCAAACCGCGGAACCCACCCACCCCGAACUCGUCCCACACUGAAGCCGUCGGGCACCAUUGUGUCAAAGGCCCAAGAGUUUGUGGAUAUAUAUCGGUACCCACCGACCCGCCCGGAUCCCAUUUACCCACAGCCAACGCCCGACAAAACUGCAGCCAAGUGCAGGAAGGACGUCUGCCUGUUGCCAGACUGUUAUUGUGGAGGCAAGGAAAUACCUGGCGACCUUCCCGUUGAAAGCAUACCUCAGAUCGUUCUCUUGACCUUUGAUGAUUCCGUAAAUGACCUGAACAAGCAGUUGUACACCGACCUCUUCGAGAAGGGUCGCGUCAAUCCCAACGGCUGCCCCAUCACAGCCACCUUUUACGUCUCCCACGAAUGGACUGACUACAGCCAGGUGCAGAAUCUCUACGCCGAUGGACACGAAAUGGCCUCCCAUACAGUUUCUCACAGCUUCGGAGAGCAGUUCUCGCAGAAAAAGUGGACCCGUGAAAUAGCUGGACAGCGGGAGAUCCUUGCUGCGUACGGAGGCGUCAAGUUGUCGGACGUGCGGGGCAUGCGCGCACCCUUCCUCUCAGUGGGCGGGAACAAAAUGUACAAAAUGCUGUACGACUCGAACUUCACCUACGACUCCUCCAUGCCUGUCUACGAGAACCGACCGCCCUCCUGGCCCUACACCCUGGACUACAAGAUAUUCCACGACUGCAUGACCCCCUGCCCCACCCGCUCGUACCCGGGCGUGUGGCAAGUACCCAUGGUUAUGUGGCAGGACCUGAACGGUGGUCGCUGCUCGAUGGGCGACGCCUGCUCGAACCCCAGCGAUGCGGAAGGUGUGACCAAGAUGAUCAUGAAGAACUUUGAGCGCCACUACACCACGAACAGAGCUCCUUUCGGACUGUUUUACCACGCUGCCUGGUUCACACAGCCCCACCACAAAGAGGGCUUUAUCAAGUUCCUCGACGCCAUCAACGCGAUGCAGGACGUGUGGAUCAUAACAAACUGGCAGGCUCUGCAGUGGGUGCGAGACCCAACACCGACAUCUCGCAUCAACUCGUUCCAGCCGUUUCAAUGCGAUUAUUCGGAUCGGCCGAAACGUUGCAACAACCCCAAAGUGUGCAACCUGUGGCACAAGUCCGGCGUUCGAUACAUGAAAACGUGUCAGCCUUGCCCGGACAUUUACCCAUGGACUGGAAAAUCCGGAAUCCGAUCUUCCCGCAUCGACAAUGAAGUUGACGAACCGGCGCAAUAAGACUCAGCAUCGCCCAACACUUUGGGGAUUGGGAUCUUAGGCUCGCAGUAGGCAAGAAGGAACACUCCAUUCACUGAGACGCCGAAAUUAAAAAGCCACCCUUUAUUGAAGCCCAAAAUACGAAAUUCACUCGUUAAUUUUGUUUAACUAAUUUAAAACUUUUAGCUAAUUUCUUAGAGAGAAACAACGAACAUAGAUAAUUUUUUGGAGCAUGUUACUACAAAUUAUUUAUUCCCUCUUAAAUACUCAAUACCUAUGUCUGUAAAUUCCUAUAGAUUUUUACGUAUACGAAUAUUCUUGAAGUUGCACACGCAAUCCCAGCAGGACGUUUGUAAACGUAAAUCAAUUAGGCAUAGGACAAUAGAAAACUAAGUUUAACAAAUUGCGUGCUUGGUGCACCUCGUCUUUCUGUCGAAUAAUAGUAGGAUUUGGAUGCACCGAGUCCUUGGUUUUAGCCACGGAAAGCAUUUAGAGAUUAGCCUAAUGUACUUUUUUGUUUCACUUGUGAUAAAGAGUUACAGAUGAAUUUAUAUACUUUUAGAUGUACACACAACUUUUCGAAAACAUCAUCCCUUAUUCCAUGUAUAUCGAAAUCUUUCUGAGUUUUUUUUAAGAUGAAAAAAAAAACACUCACUCAAACUUCUACUUUAGUACUGUUUUAUCAGACCAUUUUCUGCCACCCCCGAACCAUUCCUUAACAUUCAUAUUUUUAAAUUUAAUGCAGUAGGCGACAGUUUAUUGAUAUAGUUUAAUUCUUAGUCGUAGCUAAGGCAUACCCAAGGGCAGUCAAUCAGUGAAUAUACAAAAAGAGGAACAUGAGCAAGAAAUAUAUAAAUAAGUCGAAAAGAUUGCCAAUACUUAGCCGUGCUUUAAAAAAAAAAUAAAUUCAGUUCAUUGAAACGAUGUUCAAGCCUAUUUACCAUUUAAGGCAUAUAUAUAUGCGAAAGUAUUAAGGGGAUCCAAAAUGCAAUAAUAGGAGAUGAUAAUCGAAUAGGUCAAGCUGAAUAUAUUUUAAGGGCAUAUACAAAUGGAAAGCUAAACUAUUUACAGCAGGACGCAAUAUAAGAGAGCUUAUUGACGAAACGAGUGAAUUAAGUAUUUUGUGCUAAUCUGUGUAAAAAAUAAAGAAUAUACUUUUACGAAUGUAUGCAAGUGUGUAAUAAAAUGUAAUAUUUAAAUUGA